UAAAGAUGGAGAUGACAAGAUAUUUUCCUGCAUUGUUUCUGAUCUGCUCUCUCUCCACGGCUCAGCUCCAAGCUGCAGACGAUAAUGAAAUUAUUUCACAUUUAAGGCGAACAGAAUCACAGGUAGCAGAUGCAGGGAAUCUCUCAGACAAUCAACAAACUUGUGCACAGGACAUCAAUGCAGUGCUGAGAGAGAUGAGCUCCUCAUUGGCUGGACUGAAGGUUGGUAUGGAGUACCUACAGAGAGAUUAUGAAGCCAAGACAAAAGAACUGGACUUGCUAAAACAACAGUACCAAGCUCAGAUAGGAGAACUGAUGAGCGUUAAAGCCAGAACAAACAACACUGAGAACCAAGUGGAGGAUCUGAAGAGAGAAAGAGAAGUGAAACAAGUGGCUUUCUCAGCUUCCUUGCUGGCAUCAGGUUCUGGAUAUAUUGGACCAUUUGACACACAAACACCUCUAGUCUUCAGACGUGUUGUUACAAAUAUUGGAAAUGCCUACAACCCAAACACAGGUUUUUUCAUUGCCCCGGUGAGAGGAGUCUAUCACUUUGAGUUCCACUUACAUGGACAUGGACUUCCAUCACAUGGGACAGGUGCCAUUUUGGUCAAGAAUGGAGACAUUAUUUUCAGUGCAUAUGAACAUCAACCUUCCUACUCUGUUAACCCAUCUAAUGGUGCCACAUUGCUGCUAGAAACUGGAGAUGUUGUGUUUUUGCGUCUGUGGCAAACCACAAGGAUUUUUGAUGACCAUUAUCAUCCUACCACCUUCAGUGGACACUUGGUUUUCACUGUAUGAGCAGAAAGCAGUCCAAAUGUUAUUUCUGCCUCAGAAGUGCAUCAUAAUGUAUACAUGUCUUUUUCACUGGAUUCAAUAAUUUGUAUUUUAUUUCUUUUUGUGUUAAAUUUCACAAUAAUUUACCAGCCACAAUGGUUCUAGCAGUUCUCUUUCAAUUGUUCUUUUCUGAAUAGAAUACACACAUAAUGCAAUAUUGAACUUUAAUUUAGUUUUGUUGAAACAUUUAUUGGAAUGUGCCAAUAGUUUCAGAUCAAAAUUGUUCACUUUUUAAUGCACUAAACCUGAAGGUGUUUUUUGCAGUAUUUCUUAAAAUUUGUUUUUCAAAAAUAAAAACAUAUCUGUAUUUUUUUUUGAGUGACCACAAAACUAUAAAAUCAUUGA